GAGAGGAGGGUACCCGGAGCUCAUAAAAGUUUAGCAGGAGUCCGUGUCUGUAAGAAAUCUUAGGAGAAAGUGUCACGGAGAAGUAUUUUCCUGUGAAUCUGCUGGGUUACAUAGCAUCAGCUUCGGGCGUUUAUUUACAUCAGAGCUGCUGUGAAGACUGGAAAUCAGAAAAACAGCAAGAUAAGGUGGAUAACAGUCAGGUUUCCCCCAGCAAGUUUGAAAGAAGGAAGAUUUUUUGUCUUUGAAUUAAAAUUGUAGAGUGAUGGCUUCUCACAAGCGAAUCUUGGGGGUUCUGAGAAAAAGAUCAGCCCGGAGAAACCUGUUUGGGCCUGUGGACCGAGUGCAGUUACAGGUGGAGUACCAGACCGCCAUGCGUAACGACCUUCAGGAGGCUUCAAAGCGGUGGGGCUUUGACUUUAGCUUGGACAAGCCUCUGGAGAGCAGUGAUUUCCAAUGGGAAGGUGUCCCGAGCACUAGGGUGCCUCUGCUCUACAGGUCCUGUUUGCAGGAUCUCGGACAAGCUGAAGGCCAAAGGUCAGCAGCGACAGUUACUCCCAAGAGAGGGAGGGUGGAGACGGCACAGAGCGAGAAGGAGAACAUCCCCGGUACGCCGGAGAAAUGCAAGCACAGCCAGGAGAUGCUGGAGAAAACACCGGAGAAGGGCGAGAACACGGGGCUGAAGAGGAAGCAGACGAACAUCACAGAUUUCUACCAGGCUAAAAGAAGAGUAGUGUGGAUGCCCCGCAAAUCCGGCGAGUGAUAUUCGGUGGAGAAACGCCAAUAUUCCAAGAGAACCACACAGACAGGGCCACGCUCAGGAAUCACAUGUCCCGCACAGACUCUGGCCGUGCACCCAGGAGGGACCUCAACCACACGUCAAUACAAAACACUUAAUUAGGGUACUGUAGUCACUCUGAGGAGAUUGGUGUUUUUUCCCCUCAGUGGCAAGAAUGCGACAUUUGAGCAGAGAAGAUUAACAGUAAUCUCUGGAAUCAGUGGAUUUACCCUCAUUUGGGG